CGAAUUCCGAUAAUGGCGAUGAACCUGAUGGCGGCUGCAAACCCCAGAGCUAUUGCUUGUGGAGCCUUUCCUGCAUCUGCGUCUGCGAAUUCGAAGCUUCUGCAAUUUUCUUCGCUUCAGUUUCCGUUAGGGCUCCGAAACCAGCGCCGGAACCCUACCCUCCGUCGCCGUGGACUUAGUCUGGUUGCAUCAUCGGAGCAUUCUGCUUCUUCUUUCCAUGAGUUGCUGCGAAAUUCUGAAAAACCAGUAUUGGUCGACUUCUAUGCUACCUGGUGUGGCCCGUGCCAAUUCAUGGUUCCUAUUCUGGAAGAAGUGAGCACCUCCAUGGAAGACAAGCUCCAAGUGGUGACAAUCGAGACAGAGAAGCAUCCCCUGAUCGCAGACAAGUAUGAGAUAACAGCAUUGCCAACAUUCAUCUUGUUCAAGGAUGGAAAGCCCUGCGAUCGUUUUGAAGGCGCAAUGGCUGCAGACAAGUUCAUCCGACGCAUCGAAACCUCGCUGAAAGACAACCAGUAGAGUCAGUGUUGUUCCAUUGAUAGAUGAGUUUGGUAACAAACAAAUCCCUGUAUCUUUACAUCCUCGUCAUACGGAACAAG